AUGGCCGAUGGAUCUAAACACCUUGCUAAACCUAUUCUACUUGACCUUGUAGAGGUUAAAGAUUACUCAAGUGAUGAAGAUUCAACCUUUGAAGAUGCUAGCUUGGAAGGCUCGGAUCCGGAUGACAACUAUGACUCACACUUUAAAUUUUUCAAGGCUCAUUCUCUUGCCCUUGAGGUCGUUGAGGCAAGGAAUCAGCCAAGUGUUAAGGAACAAGUUAGUGGGAAGAUGAUUUCUAGGUUGGGUAAGCUCCCACAAAGUCCACUUUCACAAUUGUUGAAUAAUGGGUAUUUUUCCGAUGUGGUGACUAAAAAUGAAUCAAGAGAUGUUGCCUCUCCUCCUACUAGAAGGAUUUGCCUUACACUAAGAGAUAAACCUAGCUUUCGACUCUACCGCCAAUCCGAGUAA